GCGACGUCUCUCUCCACUCUUUUCAAGCACCGCUCAGGUGAGCAGGGAUCUGCCGAUCGUUAAAAAAAAAAAAAAAAAAAAACCUUUACCUUGUUUUUAAGUGACAAAAUGUUUUAAAAUCUGUGUUAACAUCACGGAGAAAACACAGCGAUUGUUUUUCAACAUAAUGCUAGAGUCUUGUGGGAGGGGUUAGUUUCAGCGACAGGUAACUCUGAACAUCUGUACAGCUGCACGCGAAAGACAGCUUGUGAGUGUCCGGUCCAGGUCCAGAGAGUCCUCCAUCAUGAAGUUUGCUGUGGUGCUGUUGGCUUUUUUCUUGGUGUGUAGUCUGUGCAUCGCUGGCUACAUCCAUUCCAGACGCAAGCAGGAGAUGCAACUGAGUAAACAGGCUUCAUUUCAAGAUAUUAAGUUCAGAGUGACCAGAGAUGUUCUGGAAGAAUACCAGGAUCAGCUGACCCAGUCCAACACACUGCUAAAAAAUACUAAAACAGAGGUGGACACUCUAACCAAAGACCUGUCCGUAGCCAAGACCUUUGUAGAGAAGAAAAAAGGUGACGUUGAUACAUGUAAAGGAGACAAGAAACGAUUAACAGAUGAAAUUGCUGCUGCAGAGUCAGAGACGAAACAUAUCCAGAGUGAGUUUGUCAAGGAGAAGUCCCAUUAUGCAACGGAGGCUGAAUCUCUACAAAAACAACUGGAGCAGCUGAGCACACUUUGCAAGUACAUCGACAAGACCUCUGAGGAGGGAAAGAAACUGUGUAACAUAACCGAAGAGCCACAACAGCCUGAGGCAAAGCCUAAGGAAUCACAAGCAGAAAACCCCAAGGCAGAGGAACCAAAAGCUGAACAACCGAAACCUGAGGAACCAAAAGCUGAACAGCCUAAAGUAGAUGUGCAGUGAAGAAAAACCAAGUGGAAGAGUAUGUGUGUAUUAGAAAAAAUGGAGAACAAUACCACAUCAAUGUCAGCUGGAGAACUGUAUUUGACGAUUAACUUACCUGAACAUCUUGCUUGGGUCGAUCUCCAGCAUUCCACAGGCAUCACUUGAAUGAGACACUUUGGGUUCAAGGUUUGAGUGACAACGUCACAUGUGCUCUGCCAUAAUGCAAAUAAGUGUUUUUGAGGAAUAUGGGAUGAUGCAUGUGUCAAUCAAUUGCAAUUUGAUGUCAACUUUACCCACAACAAAAUUAUGAAAAUUGUUUUUAAAAAAAAAAUCUCCAUUUCCUUUUUUUUUUUUUUUUUUUUUUCAGAAAAAAAGAGUGUUAGGUUUAUUUGUUUUCUGGGAGUGUUUGACUUUUUAAUAUUUCUUUAUUUUUUCCUCACUGUAGUUUAGUGUCAUUCUGACCCUCCCUCAGGCUCAUGCAUACAUCCCGCUUGUAUCGACCAAUGGGAAACUCUGACCCUCUUACUGUCACUCCUAAUCAUCCUCACUCUGUUACCCCGGUUACUGUUGUUAUGCAGUCAUGACAACAACUAGUUUAACCAAUCUGAGCCUUCAGUGAAGCCAAAAACCAGUUAUGAAGCUCUAAGAGUUGCUUACUCUUGCUCUUCCUUGUUAUAAGUUUUGGUUUUAUGCUGAAAUAUUGUGAUUUCUGGUGGAAAAUAAAAAUAAAGUCAGAGUACGUUUGGA